UAAACUAUGGAUUCCUCUCUAAUAAGCAUUGCAGCGGCCGCUUUUCUACUGCUCCCCUUGCUCUACAAACUCUUUUGUAACAAAGAUGUGAGCCGGAAACCACCUGAAGCCGGCGGCGCGUGGCCUAUAAUCGGCCAUCUCCACCUCCUCGCUGCGCCGGAGGCCACUUUCAAAAUCUUGAGGGACAUGGCGAAGAAAUACGGGCCGAUAUUCCAAAUAAGGCUCGGCCCGAAUCCGGUCUUGGUGGUCAGCGACUCUCGAGUGGCCAAAGAAUGCUUCACCACCAACGACAAAGCGCUAGCGAGCCGCCCAAAGUCGUUGUCUAUAGAGAUAAUGGGCUACAACUACGCCAAUUUCGGGUUCGCCCCGUACGGCCCGUACUGGCGCCACGUCCGCAAGGUUGUCAUGCUUGAGCUGCUGUCCAAACGGCGGCUAGAGAUGCUGGGACGCGUUCGCGAGUCGGGAGUGAAAGCAUUCAUGGGAAACAUCUACGGAAGUUGGAAAAGGGACAAAAUUGGGUCGUCCGAGGAUGAUGUUGUAAUGUUGGAUAUGAAAGAGUGGUUUCCCAAAUUAGUAAUGGACAUCAUGAUCCGGAUGCUUUUCGGGCUGGGUUACCACGACGGAGGGAGCCAGGCGUCGGAGACGAUCAGUAGGUUCUUUGAACUCAUGGAUGUGACUCCCGUCGGCGAAUUCGUGCCGUGGCUAAGGUGGUUGGAUAUCGGCGGACAUGAGAAGGCCAUUAGGGAGACAGCUAAAGACAUGGAUGGGGUAAUGGAAGCUUGGCUGCAAGAACAUAAAAGGAAAAGAAGUUCGAAGCCUAAAGAGGAAGAGGACUUCAUGGAUGCUUUGUUGUCUCAUUUUGAUGCUGACAAUGAUAUUCCUAAAGAUUUUGAUCCUGACACAAUUGUCAAAGCCACUUGCAUGGCUGUGUUGGGGGCAGCUACUGAUACUACUGCGCUAACGUUAACAUGGGCACUUUCUUUAAUAUUAAAUAAUCCUAGUACCCUUGAAAAUAUUCGAGGUGAGAUAGAUAUUCAUGUUGGGAAGGAAAGACAGGUAGAGGAGUCGGACAUAAAUAAUCUGACUUAUCUUCAGGCACUUGUUAAAGAAACGUUACGUUUGUAUCCUCCUGGUCCUCUCUUACUACCGCAUGAAUCCAUAGAGGAUUGCACGAUCGACGGCUACCACGUCACAAAGGGUACACGCUUAUUGGUGAAUGUUUCGAUGAUACAUCGUGAUCCAGAGUUUUGGUCGGAUCCGGACACAUUUAGACCUGAAAGGUUCUUGGCAGAGCACAAAGAGGUUGAUGUGAGGGGUAAUCAUUUUAACUUAAUUCCAUUUGGUGGUGGAAGAAGAAUCUGCCCUGGGAUUUCUUUAGGGCUCCAAAGUGUGCAAUUGGCCUUGGCCAGUCUUGUUCAUGGUUUUGAUGUCAAAAAGAUUUCAGAGAAGCCAAUUGACAUGACAGAGGCUCCGGGCUUGUCAAAUGUGAAGGCAACUCCACUCAAUGUUUUCCUCUCCCCACGUCUACCUUCUCAUCUCUAUGGCUGAAUUCUUUUGUCGUGAAAGAAUGUGGCAUUUUCAUUCAAUUUCGAGUAUUUUGAAAUAAAAUAAUAGAAAAUAUAGGUGACAGCAAAUUUUAUGUAAUAUGGCUACGUGCAUGUAAUUUGACAUGAAAGUGGAAAAAGUUAUUACUGUGGUAUUUUUAUUAAUAUAUAUUUCUAUUACUUUAUAUGAAUUCCUAAGCCGUAUAGUGCACAUGUAAUAAUAAAUAAAUAAAGGAAUAAAAACAUUCGACUAUUUGA